AUGGGUGGAGUCGGUGAUGAGUUCUGGCUGGAUCAUUCAUCGGCAGGGUUCCUAGUAGUGUGGCCUGCGCUAAUUUUUAACGCAGUAUACAAGGAGCUCAACAUCACUAUUGUUCAUGGCGGCGUGAUUCAUUCCCUCCUGUUGGGCACAGCGCAUCUUAACACCAUCAGUGGGUAUGUUGAGGUUCCCGACCUCGACACACACACACUUGCGACAGGUGCCACCAAGAUGUUGGGCAUUAUUGCUAUCUGUGCUGCAGCCAUUGAGCGCGCCCUGGGAAUGUUCGCAAACAAGAAUUUGAAAGUCAAAGAUAUCUUGGCAUCCAGUGCAAGAGGCAAACUUGUCAUCAAACUACUGAAAGUCCUCAACAAGGUCACUAGGAAGAUGAUCAAUGCCCUGUUUUUGUUUUCAGCAGCUCGCUGGGCCAAAGUCACCACAUCAUUCAUCAAAUCUAUCUCGAGCAAGCCUGCUGGGACUCACUUAAUGACAACAAGUCGGAGGACAAUAAGCGCGCUAUGCUUUGAUGUUGUCUCUUCUACACCGCUGGUGGAAUCCCGCUGUCGUAUCAUCAUUUUCGCCACUGUUUUUUCCCCCACAUGUCCGCCAUUUUUCCUGUACCCCCAGCUGGCUCUCAACUUUUUACAUUAG